AUGACCACCGCUCACGUUUCCCUUUUGCAGCAGGACCUGUCUGGGUCGGCGACACCGGGCGCUCAAAUUCCCUCCGCCGCUGAACAUCAUUUCCCCCUCCUCUCCAGCAUUCUCAGCUCCCGGUCAGAACGUCGACGGUCAUUGGGGACAUCCAUCGUUGGUACUGGCACGGCCAAUUUCGCGUCCGAGGAAUUCCCCAAGCAGCACCAUCGCCGCGGCUCGUUACUGAGAAAACUGGCGGGUCCACGGGAGAACGCAAAGCGGUUCCUCCGCCUGGGGACCCCCGUCCAUCCGCCUUCGACGCCACCCGCCGCUCGCCCAAUGUAUCGCGCUCGCCGCCCUCGUCCGGUCUCUGAAAUCGUCCUCUCUCCUGACGAUGCCCAAAUGCUCGCCUCACACAGUCUAGGCGUCGGUCGAAUGCGAUCCCACUCAUCGUCGACAUCCUCGGCGUCCCGGCCCUCCGCCGGGGUCGCUCCUCAGCCUUCGGAUCCGGCGGUUCCAUUUCCGACUCUUCGCAACGAGAGAAUUGUGGCUACAGGAAGCGGCAUCAGUGUUGGCAUCGCUCUAACGGAGCCCGUACUCUAUCUCCAGGGAUAUGAUCAUAACGAUCCCAGUACCAAGAAGUCGGCCAUUCUCCGAGGACAAUUACACCUGAAAGUCACCAAGAGCGUCAAAAUCAAGAAGAUCUCGAUUUGCUUCCGUGGACAUGCGCAGACGGAUUGGCCUGAUGGAAUUCCCCCCAAGAAGCUUCACCACACCGAUAAGAAAGACCUCGUCACUCAUGGCGUGAUGUACUUCAACCACGGUGAUCCGGUAUUGAUCCAGAACGAUUAUGGUGCCCACUUCUACCAGCAUGCCAAACCUGUCACAUCCACGGUAGGCAAGGAUGGCCCAACGACAAUCACCCGUGAGCUCUUUUCGAAGACUGGCUCCAAUACGUCGCUCCAUAACAGCCACAUGACCGGCAAGGAUCUCAAGCGCCUGUCCCUGCAGGCCAACCAUCAGCACUCCCGCAGCUUCGGGAAGAACGACUCGUCUCCCGGCGCUCCCGCUCACCCUCAGCGCAACUAUCGAAUGUUUCCCGUGGGCGACUACCUGUAUAGCUUCGAGUUUCCCAUCGAUGGAUCCCUUCCAGAGACGAUAAAAACAGACCUUGGAUUCGUUCGGUAUGACCUCGAAGCGAUCGUGGAGCGGUCGGGUGCCUUUCGGCCCAAUCUGCUCGGCACUCUAGAGGUCCCUGUGAUUCGCACCCCAGCCGAGGGUUCGUUGGAACAGGUCGAGCCGAUUGCCAUUUCUCGGAAUUGGGAAGACCAGUUACACUAUGACAUCGUAAUCUCAGGAAAAUCAUUUCCUCUUGGGAGUCAGGUCCCCAUCGCGUUCAAACUGACGCCGCUCGCCAAAGUCGAGUGCCAUAGGAUCAAAGUAUACGUGACGGAGAAUAUCCAGCAUUGGACGGUCGACAAGAGCGUCCAUCGCUUUCAACCAGCGAAGAAGGUCCUUCUGUUCGAGAAACGGGCCGAUUCUGCCAGUACGAGUGCGUAUCCCGGUAGCUCAAUGCGUGUUACAGCAGGCGGCGGUAUUGGCUAUGAUCAACGUGCGGCCGCUGCGAGAGGGCAAGAGUUCGUCGAUCGCAACCGUACGAAUCUAUUGGGAGAUCUUGGUAGAGAUGCUGGAGUUGGUCCAACCGAGAUGGAAUUCAAUGUGCAGCUCCCGAGCUGCCAUGAAAUGAAAAACCGCGAUGAAUCUCAACGGCUACACUUUGAUACGACGUAUGAAAACAUCCAGAUCAAUCAUUGGAUUAAGAUCGUCCUGAGACUUUCCAAGGUCGACGAGAGAGAUCCCAAUAAGCGGAGACACUUUGAGAUUUCGAUAGACUCACCUUUCCAUCUCCUCUCCUGCAAGGCUACACAGGCAAACAUCUACCUCCCCGCAUAUACCUCCCCCAACUCGGACCCUGUCCCGCCUGCGCAGGAGUAUGAAUGCGGUUGUCCGGGAGCGGCCGUCAUCCCCAGACCUGCCCCAGUCAGGCGGGUGUCGCCCCCAACUGACCCUGAGGAUUCGCCAGGAGGAGGCCAUGUCUCGAGGAGCUUCACUAAUGGCUCAGGCGGCUUGACUCGACCACCGCCAGUGCAUCUAGCGCAAGAAGCGCAUGAACGGCCAAACGAUCCGGCGCCACGCCCCAUGCAUCUCCUCCGAGCGCCAUCCUUUGCCCCGCCUGCUUUUGAGGACGUGCCGCCGCCACCACCACUCGUUACACCUCCGCCAGAGUACACCUCAAUCGUGGGUGAUAAUGACCGGGAGGCCGUUCUCGAGGACUACUUCUCUCGGCUGUCAUGUUACGAGGAACAUGCAGAUGACGCACGGGGUCGUGGACGGGUCGACGUUCCUCUCACCCCCGGUGGGCGGGUGAACCGCAGCAUGGAUGUUCCCCGCGAAUGGGUUCGUCUGGAGGAGUCGGCCGUCUGA